AUGACGACUCCUCGUGGCCUGCUCCAAGCAGAUGCCUUGUCCGACCAGGUGGCUUCCGCACGGCUAGACUCUGUUCAAGAACAUGGGGCUAGUAAGGAGCAUGCCAUGCUGGCACCGUUCACAGCGGGGUGGCAGACCGCAAACUCACCUCCUUUGGUUAUUGAGAGAUCAGAGGGUUGUUAUGUUUACGAUGCCAACGGGAAAAAGUAUCUGGAUGCCCUUGCAGGAUUGUUCUCUACAGCUUUAGGUGGUAGUGAGCCUCGAUUAGUCAAAGCUGCAACUGAGCAAUUAAACAAGUUGCCCUUCUACCAUUCCUUUUGGAACCGUACAACCAGACCUUCUUUGGAUCUAGCGAACGAACUUAUUAACAUGUUUACCGCCAGGGAAAUGGGGAAAGUGUUCUUUACCAGCAGUGGUUCAGAAGCAAAUGACUCUCAGGUCAAGCUUGUAUGGUAUUAUAACAAUGCGCUGGGGAGGCCAGGCAAGAAGAAAAUCAUUGCGAGAUCACAAUCAUAUCAUGGCACAACAUUCAUAUCAACAAGUCUAUCUGGUCUUCCUUUGUUGCACCAGGACUUCGAUCUGCCAGGACAUUUUGUUCUGCACACAGACUGUCCUCAUUACUGGCGUUUCCAUCUUCCUGGUGAGACAGAAGAAGAAUUCGCAACUAGACUUGCCAUUAGUUUAGAGAAUCUUAUCCUCAAAGAAGGGGCCGAAACGAUCGCUGCCUUCAUAGCUGAACCUGUGAUUGGUGCUGGUGGUGUCAUCAUUCCUCCAAAGACAUAUUUUGAGAAGAUUCAAACAGUGGUUAAGAGGCAUGACAUCCUUUUCAUAGCAGAUGAGGUUAUUAUUGGGUUUGGAAGGUUGGGAACUAUGUUUGGAUCUGAUUUUUAUAACAUCAAGCCAGAUCUUGUCUCCUUGGCAAAGGCUCUUUCUUGUGCCUAUCUCCCCAUUGGAGCAAUACUUGUUAGUCCAGAAAUAGCAGAUGUGAUUGGUGCUCAUAGCAAUAAACUUGGUACAUUUGCUCAUGGCUUUACAUACUCUGGCCAUCCUGUUUCAUGUGCUGUGGCUUUAGAGGCACUGAAAAUUUAUAGGGAAAGGGAUAUUCCUGGUCAUGUAACACAUGUUGCUCAAAGGUUCCAGGAGGGAAUCGAGGCGUUUGCAGCUGAAAGUCCAAUUGUUGGGGAGACACGUGGUGUAGGAUUGCUCAUAGCAACUGAGUUCACCAACAACAAAUCACCAUAUGAUCUAUUCCCCGUUGAGUGGGGAAUUGGUGAAAUCUUUGGAGCGGAGUGUAAGGAACUUGGUAUGAUGGUUAAGGUUCUUGGAAACAUGAUAGUGAUGUCCCCACCACUGAUAAUAACCCAUGAAGAAAUUGAUAAACUGGUGAGCAUAUAUGGAGAAGCUCUGAAAGCCACAGAGGAAAGAGUAGCAGAGCUAAAAUCCAAGAAGAAUUAG